AUGAUGGCGACUGAGGGAAAACCGGCUUCGGUUGCGAAUGAAGGAAGGGCCGCCCUUUUCAUCGAAAUUCCCGCGAACAGUACGAAAUAUGGCCGCGGGGCAAUUAAAGCGGCAUCAGCGCGCACACGCGCCAUCUGGCACGGACGUGACGUCACGGAGCGGCGCCAUUUGCAUUUUUUCGUGCCAACCGCGGGCUUGCGGGGCCCAUUGCGAAAUGACGACCGGAACUAUUGUGAAAAUAGAAUUGCGCUGCGACUCUCUACUUAU